GCAGCAGAGUGGGCAGUAGGGACAAGUGAAGUUACACAUUCACUAUUCUGAGCAGCACUGUUGCAUGAUAACAUAAAACAUUGGAUUUUCCUGGGUCUGGGUGAGAAGUCAAAGACUCGCUGUAGACUGUAGCUGCACAGGUCUGAGGAAUGGGGUCAUAUCCAGCUCUGGCAGUCAUUCUGCUCUUUUCAGCAACUCUGUUCUCCAGGUGUAAUGGUGGAAAAGUGCUGGUCUACCCCGUUGAUGGGAGCCACUGGCUUAACAUGAAAAUCCUGGUGGAGGAGCUUCAUUCUCGGGGCCAUGAAAUCACAGUCCUACGCUCAAACACGAGCUGGUACGUUUCUGAAUUCUCACCCCACUACAGCUCCAUUACCGUCCCCCAGGAGCAGGCCCAAAACUUAGAGAGUCAGUCCUUCAUGACCAAUUUCUUGAAGAGGUCAUUAGAGAUCAAUCAAAAUAAAGGCUCAUUAUGGGCAUUUCUGGACUUCUACAACCAUCUGUUCACAAUGAUGUAUGAGAACCAGAGAAUUGUGGCAAAACUGGUCAUCGAUAUUUUUGAGAAUAAGACGAUGGUAGAGGAGCUGAAGAAAACCAGAUAUGAUGUUUUCCUGACUGACCCAGUAUUUCCAGGUGGUGUGCUGGUGGCACACUACCUUCAACUCCCCUUGGUUUUUAAUGUACGUUGGAUUUUAAAUGGAGAUGCUCACUUUGCCUUCGCUCCUUCUCCUCUGUCCUACAUCCCUCAACUGUUCUCCAGUUACUCUGACAAGAUGGACAUCUUUCAAAGAAUCAAUAAUAUAGUCUAUCAUAGCGCACUGGUUUACAUGUACUACUAUGUCGCAAGUCCACCUUACCAGGCCGUGUGUGAUAAAUAUUUUGGAAAAGACGUCGACCUCAUGUCUCUCAUGCAAGGAGCAGAUCUAUGGCUGAUGCGAGUAGACUUUAUAUUUGAGUUCCCUCGGCCCACCAUGCCCAAUGUCAUCUACAUUGGAGGGUUCCAGGGUAAGCCCGCUAAAUCUCUUCCAAAAGAUUUAGAAGAAUUUGUGCAGAGUUCUGGAGAACACGGCGUGGUCAUCAUGACUCUGGGGACCCUGCUGAAUGACAUUGGCCCUGAGCUAUCAGAGAUCAUCGCCUCAGCAUUUGCCAACCUCCCCCAGAAAUUUGUGUGGCGACACAACGGCAAACGUCCAGACACACUGGGAAACAAUACCAUGUUGGUGGAAUGGCUGCCUCAAAAUGAUCUACUCGGUCACCCCAAAACCAAGGCUUUUAUGACACACGGGGGUACUAAUGGCAUUUAUGAGGCCAUCUACCAUGGUGUCCCAGUUCUGGGAAUGCCUCUUAUCUUCGACCAGUAUGAUAACAUGGUGCGUUUAAGGGCUCGGGGAGUAGCAGAGAUUGUUGAAGUGACAACUUUGGAUGUUGACACUCUGACAAGUGCUCUUAAGAAUUUUCUGGACCCAAAGAAUCCCUACAAACAAAAUAUGAUGAAACUCUCAGAGCUUCACCAGGACAAACCGAUGAAACCGUUAGAGAGUGCCAUGUUCUGGGUGGAGUUUGUCAUGAGGCACAAAGGAGCAGCACAUCUGCGCACAGAGUCAUACAAGAUGCCCUGGUAUGCCUACCACGGUCUAGAUGUGAUGGCAGUUUUUGGAGCAUUUGGUCUGUUAAUUGUAACACUGGUCUGGGCUUUCUGUAAAUGUUUAAUUGGACGUUUUGUAUCGACUAAAAUAUCAAAAAACAAAUCCAAGAGUGAAUAGAUGAAAAUUAACAGACUGUAGUGAGAUAAAUAGAAACAACUGUUGAACUUUAGGAAGGAAUUUUAUAUUAUACACAAGUUCUAAAUGAGAAUAAGAUUUAAGCUCCAGUGGGUAAGACUUAAACAGAAAUGAAUUCAAUUUGGCAGAAAGGGAAUAUUAAAUAUUGUGAUGCUGUGAGUAGUGAGUAUCACCUGAAUAUAUGAAUUGUUGUUUUCAUGUUUUUAAUGGACAAACUAAACACCUUUUGAGUUUUAAUGAUCACUUAAGUUCUGAUGACUGUUCUCUUACAUGCUUGGCAGGUGAAAGAUAUUUAUCUGCAACAUGCAACUUCAUCAAUAGAUGUUGCUAAAUCCUUCUUACUUUAAUAUAUUUGUAUUCUUAGUGUGAAAAACGGUCAAAACAUUUUUUUAAAGACAAUAAAGAGAAUCAACAGCCA